UGCUUGCCUCUAGCUCCCCCGCCAGACUCUCCAUGGACGCGUGGAGUCUGGCUCCCUGUGACUCUGCUCCCUGAUAUGGGAGGCACAGCCCUAGGCUGGUGGCUGCUCAUCCAUCCUAAUCUCGUGCGGCUCCACCCACAAAGAUCACCCUAGAGCUUGCUUGUAGUCGCCCUCUUGCUAGCCAAUUCCCCUGGCAGCUAAGCUAACUGAAGCGUGCUGCAGCCCAGGGCUUCCAGGUUCUGCUCAGUAGAGGCUGAGGCAGCACGCGCACGCGUGUUUACACACACACACACACACACACACACACACACACACACACACUCCCGGGUGUCGCCACCCUUGGGGAUCAGCACUGUCGGCCAAGCAUCCCCGCCCAGAGUCCUGGAGUGCACAAGGCUCUUUCCAUGCUGCCGCUGUCAUUCACAGGGUGUUGAAAGCCAGCUCCUCCGAGGACACACGCCUUUGCUCGUAGUCAGCCACGUCCUCGCUCCGCAGCUCCUAGCUUGCUUUUUGUUACAAGCCGCACCCCCAGCGCCUGGCUCCCGAUUCCGCUUUCCUGUUAGCCACUAGGAAGAGUUGAUUUCAGUGGGAUCUACCUGGGAACACAGAGGGACGGGAAAACCAGGACCGGCCAGAAUUGUGUUUUCUUCAAAACCCAUCUCCACCCAGUAAUAGCGGCUGGGAUCUACACUUGGGUGCUCACCACAACAAUGGAUUAAGUUACUCUUCCCUGGCCCAGAAGUGAGGUUCAAGACUCCAAGCAAAAUGAAGGAAAAGGCAAUGAUCAAGACUGCUAAAAUGCAGGGCAACAUGAUGGAGCUGGUGGGGAGUAAUCCUCCACAGAGAAACUGGAAAGGAAUCGCCAUUGCACUGCUCGUCAUCCUUGUCAUCUGCUCCCUGAUUGUCACCUCAGUCAUCCUGCUGACCCCAGCGGAAGAUACCAGUCUGUCUCAGAAGAAGAAAGUGACUGUGGAAGAUCUUUUCAGUGAAGACUUCAAAAUCCAUGACCCAGAGGCAAAGUGGAUAAGUGAUAAGGAAUUCAUCUACAGAGAACGGAAAGGGAAUGUCAUACUGCGGAACGUUGAAACAAAUAAUUCCACGGUGUUAAUAGAAGGCAAAAAAAUUGAAUCCUUAAGAGCCAUCAGAUAUGAAAUAUCCCCAGAUAAAGAGUAUGCAUUGUUUUCCUACAAUGUGGAGCCGGUAUACCAACACUCCCACACUGGAUAUUAUGUUCUGAGCAAAAUUCCUCAUGGGGAUCCUCAGAGUCUGGACCCACCAGAAGUCAGCAACGCAAAACUUCAGUAUGCAGGGUGGGGCCCAAAAGGCCAGCAGCUGAUAUUUAUCUUUGAGAACAACAUCUACUACUGCGCACAUGUUGGAAAGCAGGCGAUCCGAGUGGUCUCUACAGGGAAGGAGGGCAUGAUCUACAAUGGCCUCAGUGACUGGCUGUAUGAAGAGGAGAUUCUGAAGAGCCACAUUGCGCAUUGGUGGUCACCAGAUGGUACAAGGCUCGCCUAUGCCACCAUCAACGACUCCAGGGUUCCACUUAUGGAGCUGCCAACCUACACAGGCUCUGUGUACCCCACUGUGAAGCCCUACCACUAUCCUAAGGCUGGCAGCGAAAACCCCAGCAUCUCCCUCCAUGUCAUCGGCUUAAAUGGACCCACCCACGACCUGGAGAUGAUGCCACCUGAUGACCCCCGCAUGAGGGAAUAUUACAUCACCAUGGUAAAGUGGGCCACCAGCACCAAGGUUGCUGUGACCUGGCUGAACCGGGCCCAGAAUGUGUCUAUCCUGACCCUCUGUGAUGCCACCACGGGUGUCUGCACUAAGAAACACGAAGAUGAAAGUGAAGCUUGGCUCCACAGACAGAAUGAAGAGCCUGCAUUCUCCAAAGAUGGCAGGAAGUUUUUCUUUGUCAGAGCCAUUCCACAGGGAGGCCGGGGUAAAUUCUACCAUAUCACUGUAUCAUCAUCCCAGCCCAACAGCAGCAAUGACAACAUCCAGUCUAUCACCUCUGGGGACUGGGAUGUGACCAAGAUCCUGUCCUAUGAUGAGAAGCGGAAUAAGAUCUAUUUCCUGAGCACAGAGGACCUGCCACGGAGACGACAGCUCUAUAGCGCCAACACAGUAGAUGACUUCAACAGGCAAUGUCUGUCGUGUGACCUGGUGGAGAACUGUACCUACGUCAGUGCUUCUUUCAGCCAUAACAUGGACUUCUUCCUGCUCAAGUGUGAAGGCCCUGGCGUACCCACUGUUACUGUGCAUAACACCACAGAUAAGAGAAGAAUGUUUGACUUGGAAGCAAACGAGCAGGUGCAGAAGGCUAUCAACGAUCGGCAGAUGCCUAAAAUUGAAUACCGGAAAAUUGAAGUAGAAGAUUACAGCUUGCCAAUGCAGAUCUUGAAGCCAGCCACCUUCACCGACACAGGCCACUACCCCUUAUUGCUCGUGGUGGAUGGUACCCCAGGGAGUCAGAGUGUGUCGGAGAGGUUUGAGGUGACCUGGGAAACAGUGUUGGUGAGCAGCCAUGGAGCAGUGGUGGUCAAGUGUGACGGCCGAGGCAGUGGCUUCCAGGGAACCAAGCUCCUGCAGGAAGUACGGAGGCGGCUAGGCUUCCUAGAGGAGAAGGACCAGAUGGAAGCUGUAAGAACUAUGCUGAAGGAGCAGUACAUUGACAAGACUCGGGUAGCUGUGUUUGGGAAGGAUUAUGGUGGGUACCUGAGCACUUACAUCCUCCCAGCCAAGGGAGAAAAUCAAGGUCAGACUUUCACCUGCGGCUCUGCACUCUCUCCAAUAACAGACUUCAAGCUCUAUGCCUCUGCAUUUUCUGAGAGGUACCUCGGCCUCCAUGGACUCGACAACAGAGCAUAUGAGAUGACCAAACUGGCACACCGUGUGUCAGCACUGGAGGACCAGCAGUUCCUGAUCAUCCAUGCCACAGCCGAUGAAAAAAUCCAUUUUCAGCAUACAGCUGAGCUCAUCACACAGCUGAUCAAGGGAAAGGCCAAUUACAGCUUACAGAUCUACCCAGAUGAAAGUCACUACUUCCACAGUGUGGCGCUCAAGCAACACCUGUACAGGUCCAUCAUUGGCUUCUUUGUGGAAUGUUUCAGGAUUCAGGACAAGCUCCCAACAGCCACAGCAAGAGAGGAGGAGGAGGAGGACUAACCAUGCUAUGCUGAGACCCAAGCACAGACAUGGCUCUUUCUAGAACAAUAUGCAACUGAGGAAUCCCCACCACCACCCUCCCUCCGAGGGCAGUGGGAGUGGAGGUGCGGCAUUCCAUAGCAUGUGUCUCCAUACGGAAGGCCAUUUGGUGGUGGGCACCAAGCUCCAGGUGGAAACGAGUCACCACACAGCCUGGAACGGCCCCCCCCCCUCAGCAGCAUGGCCUAUUCCUGGCCCCCCAGUGACUGACACAUCCCAUGUCCCUCCCCAAAGGGACAAAGCAAAGGACAGAUGACAGUGAGGGCACACUUUGAGCCUGAGAAAACCGACCCUUAAGUUCAAGCUUUCUCUCUGUAACCUUGAGCCCCAUCGUCUGCACUCACACACUGCAUUCCCCUUCCCACCUGUGAGUCCUGUCUGGCUUCCUGUCUGACAGAGCUGCGCCAUGGGAACCAGACAGCAUGGUUGUCUCCACAGUGCCCACACAUGUCAGGCCCCUCUCUGUUUUUAGAAAAAUCCCCACUGUCCCUAUCUGCGCCCAGAAAACAGGUCUUUUAUGUACAAAGUAAGGCUAUAGCUCUGCCCAUGGUUAACCUUGUAGAACUGCUUUGAGUUUUUCUAUGGUUUAACUGGAUACCCCUCCAUCUCCCACCCUGGACUGUCUCACUCUGAGUUUCUUUCUGUCUUUUGUUGCUUUACUUACCAUGUUGCUUGUUUGGAUAAAGAGAUUAUUCUGGAACACCUGCUGUCUCUGUUAAACUUGGUGGAGGUACUGCAGACAGCAAGGACACAGAGCACCUGUGAAAGUCAAUCAGUAAAGCCUUCUACCCCUUGACUGGCGCUAGGACUUGCCUGUGGCUCCAUACCCAUCACAUGUGUCCUUACAACUGCUACUCUUUCUCCCCAAUAAGUUGUCCAGUCUUUUCAGGUGACAUUUGCUUAAAAAACCCACAAGACAGUACAUUGGGUUCCACUCCUAGGUCUGUCAAGUAAGCCAACAUCAUGAGUAUCCCACAGGCAGUGUGGGAGAACUCCUGUCAACACCAGCCCCAGAGAUGGCUCCUCCCUCCUGCUCUGACAAUGAGGUUAGUGAGCUUCCUCUAACCUCAUCAGCAAUGCACACACCGACCAGAUGUGUGACUGCUGUCACCAUGUAUAUUUCAUUCCAUUGUAUAUAAAGCAAGAAAUGUGUGUCUGGCAUCUGUGCAGCCCCACCCCCGCCGAGCCACUAACCUUGUGUUGAGCUUGCAUGCAGACACCUCUCUGGCUGAUCUGGCCUCUCCAAAAGUGCCAGUUUGAAAUAUACCGAUCACUAUCACUCCCUUUUGGGAUUGUUGACAACCUGUAUGUCAGUUUUCAUUGUCCCAGGACACUCCUUCUGGGGUAUCCUGAAACCCUGUCCUCAGAGAUGUAUCCAUGUCAAUUUUUUGUUGUUGUUGUUAUUGAUGUUUGGGGGUUUUGGUUCCGUCCACCUGAGCUUGGAGCGUUGGUUCUCAAUAGGUCUGUUGGAAGACUUACAAGCUAGGCUUUCCAUAGGCAAUGCUUUGGCAUGGGAGAGAAUGGGCCUGACAGAAUGUGCUUUCACUAUGUCAACAGGUUUGGCCAAUGGCAGAGCCCAGGAGACCUGAAAGAGGAGCCAGCUCUGGCUCCAGGAAGGGUCGGGGUGGGAGGGAGCGCAGGGAUGUGGCAUGGUAGCGUCUGUCAUCCAUGGAAUAAAACAUUAUUUUACCA